UUUAUUUUGCUGUCAAAUAGUUACCAGUGACCUUUUGGGAUGCUAAAUUACAAUAAUUUUCAAAGCAGGCUAUCUAUCUAUCUAUUUAUACUGCAGCGCUCCUCUCUGCGAGUAUUAUGUGCAGUUGCGCGCCUGUACAAGAAGUUAAAAGUAGAUUGGAUAGAAGGAUAAAAGUGAUACACGGUGUGGCAGUCUUACAGAGGGAAACAACUCAGCUAGAAAUGUUUUUCCAUCGCAAAGAGGUAUUUGUGUACCCAGACGAUGACAACAAACAUGAAGUUGGUGAAGGUCUCGAUAAGAAAGCUGAGAUAACUUUGGACUGUGUUUGGCUGAGAGAUAAAUCUAUUGGAACUACAAUUAAGAGCCCUGAGAAGUUGAAGGCAAUAAGAUGGCAAGACAAGAUAGGGGAGAAUUCUCUUAAAGUCAGUGCCAAGUUUAUUGACUACAGAUCUGAGACAGGAUCUUGUGUGUUUGAGGUGAAAUAUUUCUCGAAGUAUAGUCUAGUUGAUGACUUAGAUGAGGAAGAUGUACCGGAAAAGGACAAGAAACGUUUACCGGUACGUCUGGCACAGCAGCAACAGAUGGCUGUACAGAGAGCAAGUUUUCAGUGAAUGUUCCAAUGAGACAUGUACUACAUGCACUGUGUAGACUGGCAACAGACCUCUUCACAUAUCUUUCCUGGAUGGUUACCUUGGACCAGUAGAUGGCGAGAAAUUCACGGAGCCGAUGUACCGGCAUGUGAUCUCUGUCUGUCAUCGACUGAUUACAGAGUAUUCGGACCCUGAGAGCAAACUGGAUGAGAAGAUAUUCUGUGACUGUCUGAAGUUUAUGGAGAACCACCUAGAUUAACCUGCAGUUCAUAAAAGCCUUUGAGAAUUUCUAUAAACAUCAUGAUUUGACAGCUUUCUUACUGUCGUCUGCUAAAGAGAAUCUGUCUCCAAACUUCGCGGGCAAUGUGCUGAAAUUCUUCAACAGAUUGCUUCUUCUUGCUGACGGGAAUAAAAACGGCCAAACAUACAAGGACCUGUGUAAAUCACUGUGUACACUGGCAGACACGGAUGUCACUGUUUUACAAGCCUGGCUCUCCAAGUAUGUUGUACUACCAAAAGAGACAGACGAGGAAGUAUUGAGGGAGAAUCUUCAGCUGUUAAAGACAUUUACCUUAUACCUGGUCAAAUCCAACAGCGCUGUCAGUGAGGCCGUGCCCCAUGCAAUACUGCAAGCUCUACUGCCCCUAGAGGAAAC